AUGCAAAUACUCUGUGCUACCGCAAUUGCAGCUCUAACAGGUACAUGCAUUGCGUCUCCAGGAUACCUCAGCUUGGAUGUCGAGGUACGCUCGCCGUUUGACCGGGGUCUUGUACGCAGACAGAACUCGGAUAGCACCGUUGAUGCUCCUCUAACUCAAAACACGAACAAACUCGAAUACCUGGUCAACGUCACCAUCGGUACACCUGCUCAGCAUCUUGCUGUCACCAUCGACACGGGAUCAUCAGAUCUAUGGGUCCCAGCAUCCUCGUCCGUCCUCUGCAAGAACGGCGGGUGCGACGCGGGAUCUUUUGACCCGACAGCUUCGAGUACAUACAACGUCGUUGACCAAGGUGGCUUCAACAUCACGUACGCCGCACCAGGAGAUAGUGAUGGCGGCGACUGGGCGACUGAUACCGUCACUGUGGGCGGUUCCGCCCCAAUCCAACAACAGCAGAUUGGAGUGGCAUCAACACUGUACGAUCCCCACGGCGUGAUGGGCGUAGGCUUUGACACAAACGAGGCGAAUAAUCCCAGUCCGGAAGGCGUAUAUCCGUCCGUGAUGGACAAUCUACAGUCAGCCGGCAUCAUCAAUCGAAAGGCUUACAGCCUGUACCUGAACGAUCUCCAAGCCAGCAAGGGCGCAAUCAUCUUUGGCGGCGUGGAUUCCACCAAGUAUACCGGCGACCUUGUUGCCCUUCCUCUGCAGGAAAGACCCGAGGGCGUCAUCUCUGAAUUCUAUGUCACUUUGACAAGCGUGUCCUUCACGGAUGAGACUGGGAAGACGACACAGUUGUCUCCCAACGGUUAUGCCCAAUCAGUCCUGCUCGAUUCCGGUACCAGUCAGACUCUCCUCACCGACGAUGUUUUCAACGCUUUAGCCAACGGCUUCGGGGCAGUCUACGUUGGUGAAGGAAGCUAUGCUGUCCCUUGCAAAUUCUCGAAUAUCAAAGGGUCGAUCAACUAUUCCUUUGGCGGCGAUGGUGGGGUGACGGUCAAGGUGCCCGUAUCUCAAGUUAUUGGCAAUCAAAUCUUCCCGGGAAAGAACUUCAAUGAUAAGUCUGGAGGCUGCGACUUCGGCUUCGGGCCUCCAAUCGAUGGGGUCAGUAUUCUAGGAGACACCUUCAUGAGAAGUGCAUAUGCCGUCUUUGACAUCACCAACAGCGUGGCAGCUCUGGCUCAGGCGGCAGAGAACAAAACGGACACAUCCAGUAUCGCCGUGAUUCCUUCCGGCACCGCGAUUCCAGGGGCAUCUUCGACCGCCACCGCGACCGGGACACAGCUUUCGAGCGCGGCGCUGACGGAGCAACCGUCUGUUCCGACGGCGAGCGCGGAGGGCACGACCUUGGUCUUUGCUGGGACGCCGACGUUCAACCUUGGAGCUCAGGCUGCGACGGGAACUGCUGCAGGCUCGACAACAUCUUCCGGGAGAGCCAACGCGGCAGCACCCACGGCGGCCCUUCUGGGUUUGGGUUUGGUGGCCGGAGCCAUGGUGCUAUAG